GCCAUAGCCAAAGCCAUCUCUUCUUUUUCUCUUCCUUUACUAGAAGAGUACAACAUAAACACUCUCUAUCUCAAAAACAAACCUUCCUCUUUUAUGUUCAUCCUCUUCUUGUUUCUGGGGUUUUUUCUUUUUUGUCUUUGAGCAGCCACACAAGUGCUAAAAAAGUUUCAUCUUUUCUUCUGUUGAUUUAUUUGGGGCUUUUGAUAAAAAAACAUACAAAACCAAACCCCCUUUAUGGUGUAAAAUCUUUAAUUAGCCUUUUCCUAGGCUAGCUAAUUAACCUUCUUCUUCUUUUUUGUGCGUGUUUUUUAUUUUGUAAUUUGUAAGGUAAUUUUGGUGAUGAUGUCUGGUAUUGACUUUUCUGUUUCUUCUAGUUCUAUUGGAGAAUUUGGUAAUAAUCAACAACAAAGUUCUCAACUUUAUUACCAUCAUCUUCCUCAUAGCCCUAACCCUAAUCAAAAUCUUGAUUCUUCUCUUCCUCCUCCUCUCCCCAAGAAGAAGAGAAAUUUGCCAGGAAAACCAGAUCCAGAUGCUGAGGUAAUUGCUUUGUCUCCCAACACUCUAAUGGCAACAAAUAGAUUCAUAUGUGAAAUAUGCAAUAAAGGGUUCCAAAGGGAUCAAAAUUUGCAGCUACACAGAAGAGGGCACAAUUUGCCAUGGAAGCUAAGGCAAAGAAGCAACAAAGAAACAGUGAAAAAGAAAGUGUAUAUUUGUCCUGAGAAAUGUUGUGUUCAUCAUGAUCCAAGCAGAGCCCUUGGGGACUUAACUGGAAUUAAGAAACAUUUCAGUAGAAAACAUGGGGAGAAGAAAUGGAAGUGUGAGAAAUGUUCAAAGAAAUAUGCUGUUCAAUCUGACUGGAAAGCUCACUCUAAGACUUGUGGUACUAGAGAGUACAAAUGUGACUGUGGAACACUCUUUUCCAGGAAAGACAGCUUCAUAACUCACAGGGCAUUCUGUGAUGCAUUGGCUGAAGAAAGUGCAAAGUUAAUAUCAUCAGUUACAGCAGCAAAUUCAAGGCUUAAUUUCAUUGCCAAUAAUAAUAAUAAUAAUAAUAAUAAUAAUAAUUCAAUCAACCAAUCUCUCUUCAAUUCCCAAUUACAAGACCAUAAUUUUGAAUCAUCUUUCCCACAAAUGCCCCCCUCUAAUCUCUACCAAAUCUCAAACCAAAUUUUGAGUUUGAACAACAAAAACAAUUCUUCAAAAACAGCCAUCAUGAACCUCACUCUAUCCUCCUCUGCCAACAAACAACAACAACAGGCAGUAGCAGCUUAUAACGACUUGCCAUCGUUUUGCUCGGCCACGGGCGGUGGCGGUGGCGGAGGAAUGUCGGCGACAGCGUUGCUGAUGAAAGCGGCGCAAUUGGGGUCGACAAAGAGUAAUGACUCAUUUUCUUCAGGGAGUAAUAGUGUGGGAGUUGUUAUGAGUUCAUCUUCAAAUAAUGUUUCAUUUGAGAGUGGGAAUUAUUAUGGGGGAGAGGGAAAUGGGUUGAGGGAUUUUUUUGGGAGGAAGAAGGGAGAAGGGAAUGAUCAUCAGUUGAUUAUUCCAUUAAUGGAGAUGACCAAAUUUGCCAACUCUAUGAGCUCUGAGAUGGGUUUGAGCCCAUUCAUUGGCAAUAUAAUCUAUAAGGAAUAAUAAUAAAGAAAAAAAUGUUUGAGAUAUUUGUUUGGAAUUCUAUAUAUUAUGGUCAAGAAUCAAGAUCAAGAGGUCAAUUUUGUUAUGUA